AUGUCGCACGGCUUUUCCUCGCAGCUCGACCCGCCGCCCAACCCGCCCGCCGCCUCGCACUUUUCGCACGCCAGCAUGGCCGACCUGAACUCCCAGCAGGCGCGCCCGCAGCAACACCCGCACCCGCACCAGCACCAACACCCGCACCAGCACCAGCACCAGCAGCACCAGCAGCACCAGCAACAGCAACAGCCCGGAGCCUAUGCCUCGCCGCACGCCUACCCGUCCCCCACCUCGAUGCAGCCCACGUACUCGUAUCCCCCCCCAGGCCAGCCCACCGGCGAGCCCUACCGCGCAUCACCCCCCGGCGCCAACAUGUCCCUGCCGCCGCUGAACCUGCCGCCCAUACGCCUGCAAGACGGCCAGCAACCGCCGCCGCCGCAACCACCACAGCAGCAACAGCAGCACCAGCACCAGCACCAGCAACCACAGCAACCCAUGGGCUCGCCGCUCCCGCCGCCGCAGCAUCCAAUGCAGCAGCACUACCCCCCGCCGGGCUAUGCGCACCCAGCCCAGCCCAUGAACAUGGGCCCCGCGCAGUACAACGCGAUGCGCUACCAGCUGCCCCCGCAGCCCGACCAGCGCGUCCUGUCCGGCGGCCGACACAAGAAGGAGAUCAAGCGGCGCACAAAGACUGGAUGUCUGACGUGUCGCAAAAGAAGAAUCAAGUGCGACGAGGCGCAUCCCACCUGCAGAAACUGCCAAAAAAGCAAACGCGAGUGUCUGGGCUACGAUCCCAUCUUUAAGCAGCAGCCCGGCCCCGCCCAGAUACAGCCUGCCCCCAACGCUGCACCAACACCACAUUCCUUGACGCCGCCCGUGCCCGCUGCUGCCCCACCCGCCUCUGCCAACUUUCAAAGCCAGGUUCCUCAAGGGUAUGCCCCCGCCUCGUCCGCCGGUUACGCACCCGCUGCAGCCGCUACCACGGCAACCCACGACCCGCAAGCUUUCAACGCCAUCGACCCUGCACUCGCUGCUGCUGCCGCUCCCGGAAUGCAUCCAGCCCAGUCCCAGUACAACGGCAUGCCAAUGGACCCCGCCAUGAGACAGCAGAGCUACGCGCACCCGCCGCCUCUACCGGAGCCACACAAGGGCAGACGCCUCGACAUAAGUGACAUCUUUGGCAUUUGCAACCACAGCCCUCCAGACGUCCCGCCCCGGACGUCGCCGCCAGCCCCUGAAACCGACGAGCAGUUCUCCCAGAUCUUCGUCAACGACUACGUCCAGGGUCUCGACUACAUGCUGCAGACGACGUGGUUCUCAAAAGACAACAAUGCCAUCCACCGCAUCUUCACCAACCAGGCUCUGCACGAGGAGGCCGCUUUCUUCACAGAAACCAUCAAGACCCAGAGUGGUGCUGCAGACAUGUCAAGCGUCUUUAGUCAAGAGGCCCGGCUCAUCUGGCGCCUGCUAGGGUCGUGCAAGCUCCCCUCACUCGCAACCAACGGCGUCAAAGCGGAGGAGGGCGAUGCCCACCCUGCCGAGACGGAAGACGCCGCAAUAAGAGAAGCCCGCGCGCGCUUCGACGUCCUGGAAGCCCUACUCACCAACUCGAACGUCGAGACAAACCCGCUACGUGACAUGGUCUACCCUGCCGACAUCCACGAAGAGAAGAAGCACGAGGUCGAUUUCUGGCUCAACCUCGGCGAUUUCGUGCGCUAUGCAGGCGACGAGCGAGCCCCACCAGGCGCUGCAGACCACGCGCUCGCUACGAUGCGCACAGUCCUGCGCGUGCAAGAAGUACGAGACGCCAUUUACUCAAUAGCCAUUGCUCGCCACUACGGAGCGCGCAUAGGAGGCUUCCCCAACGCGCUACCGCAAUCAAUGGACCCGCACGAAGACAGCGAUCUGAACAAGCUUCUCGUUGCCAUGUCCUUCAUCAGCCACGAGAGCCGUGCUGGCUCGCAGCAAGUCUUAGCUCGCAUCUGUGACAUGGCGAUGCUGUCAUGGACGGUGGCCAGAAGUCCUUAG